GUGGGUUUAACAAUUAUUUGCUGCAAAGUUAGAGCACUCUUACACCUCAGCCUCUCUCUCUCUCUCUCUCUCCUCGUCUCCUUCUAUCUAUCAUCAUCCUCGGAAUCCUCAUCUUCGUUUUCUGUGUGACCCAGUUGGAGUAAAAAAAAAAGCUGCAGAGCUGAUCCUGAUCCUUCUCUUCCUUACACCCAUUUCUUCUUUCUCGAUCGAUUUCCUCUAUUCUCUCUCUCUCUCUCUCUCUCGCUGCUUCAUGUUCAUCAAUGAGUUAGGAGGGGAGAGAGAGAGAGGUAGUGCUGAGAAUAGCCGAGGAGGUGUGGAGGAUAUAUAGUUGAGUUAAUCAGGAGGUUCUCCGAUACCCAGCUUCAGUAGAUUCCUGCGGCGGCGGAGGACGGUGAUGAGGUCAUCGGAGUAAUUAACACAGACUGUCGGAAAACCGUCAACUUGUCGGGUUUCGAUUCAUUUCAGCAGGUGGGUUCGGUUCGGAUCGUCAGAUACAUACAGAAUCGGAUGGAUCAAGGAGGAGGAGGAGGUGGCGAAGUGGUGGAAGAGGCAUCGCCCAUCAGUUCCAGACCUCCGGCUAACUUCGAAGAGCUAAUGAGGUUCUCGGCCGCCGAUUACGACGGCGGAGGAAGUUCGUCUUCCGGCAUCAGAUGGCCGAUGGAAGAGACUCUCGCCCUCCUCAGGAUCCGAUCCGACAUGGACUCCAUCUUCCGCGACGCCACUCUCAAAGCCCCUCUCUGGGAAGACGUUUCCAGGAAGCUGUCGGAGCUUGGGUACAAACGCAGUGCCAAGAAAUGCAAAGAGAAGUUCGAAAACGUCCAGAAAUAUUACAAACGCACCAAAGAAGCUCGCGGUGGUCGCCAAGACGGUAAAGCCUACAAGUUCUUCGCUCAGCUCGAGGCUCUUAACGCUGCCACUGCCGCUGCAAACGCAACCGCUCCCUCAACCCUUAACGUCGUACCUCUUUCCGUCGCCAAUCCCAUCCAAACGCCCUCUUCUUCGCCCUUCUCAGCCUUCCCUCCUCCGCCGCCACCCGCCGUCGGCGGAGUCACCUUCUCGUCUCACAGCUCCUCCACGGAUUCUGGCAUGGGGUCUGAUGAUGACGACGAUGACCUGGACAUGGACGUAGACGCUGCCGGUCCGAGCAGCCGCAAACGCAAACGCAAACGCGGACACCGUCAUCGAGGUGGAAGCAGUAGUAACAGCAAGUUGAUGGAUUUUUUCGGUGGUUUGGUGAGGGAGGUGUUGCAGAAGCAAGCCGCCAUGCAAAGGAGCUUCAUAGAGGCUCUCGAGAAGAGAGAACAAGAACGAAUCGAUCGAGAAGAAGCUUGGAAACGCCAAGAGAUGUUUCGCUUGGCUCGAGAGCAAGAGCUCCUCGCUCAAGAUCGAGCCGCGUCCGCUUCUCGCGACUCGGCCAUCCUCUCUUUGAUUCAGAAGAUCACAGGCCACACCAUUCAGUUACCACCGCCACCGCCGCAGCUCUGGCCGCCACCUCCGACUGCGGCCGCCGCAAAGCCGGCUCCACCUCCAUUUCGGAAGAUGAAACACACACAUCAUCAGCAUUCACGAGCUUCAGAAACGCACAAUGUUCAAUCUCAGUCACCACCUAUAAUGGCUAUUCCUCAACAGCAGAUUCCUCCCCAGAUGCCGGAAAAACACCAUGAUCAAGUGGGUGGAAGCUCUGAUCCGGCAUCAUCUCGGUGGCCAAAGGUCGAGGUUUUUGCGCUCAUAAACCUGCGGAGUGGCUUGGAACCACGGUACCAAGAAGCAGCGCCUAAGGGUCCUCUAUGGGAAGAGAUUUCAUCGGCAAUGAAGCGGAUGGGAUACAACAGAAGCGCGAAGAGGUGCAAAGAGAAAUGGGAGAACAUAAACAAAUACUACAAGAAAGUGAAAGAGAGCAACAAGAAACGCCCUGAAGACGCCAAGACUUGCCCUUACUUCCACCGCCUCGAUGCUCUCUACAGCAAGAAAGAUCAAACCUCAAGUCCAUUUUCGACGUCCAGAACGCCAGAAAGCGUUAAAGUUCAAACCCAUUUGUCAGCUUCGAUUUCUGAUCAGAAGAGAAAGGAAGAACACAUGGAGGAGAGUACACAAGAGGGUGUUUUCAGGGAAGGAGGAGCGGAAAAGCCAGAAGACCUUGUGAAGGAGAUGGAGCAGCAAGAACAAGAAAAACAACAAGAACUAACGAUAGGUGAGUAUGAGAAAGUUGAGGAGCCACUAAGUUUUGACUUGGAAGCAGACGAGGAUGAUGAGAAGAUGGCUUACGAGAUCGCGUUUCAGAAUACAGCAAACAGAGGAAGCAGCGGUCACUCCGAGCCAUCGUUCUUGACAGUGGUUCAGUGACAGAGAGACCGAUCCGAAGCGACCAAAGACAGCUCCUUUGUCUGAAACGGUCGCGGCCAGAAGAACGAUGUACCAUAUGUAGUUAUGUGUGCAUAGCCCCAAACACAACAGAGACAUACACUCCCUGACAUUAGAGAACUGAAAUCAAAGGGUGCCCAUCUUUGAUUCAGACAAUACAGUUUUUCUUUUUUUACUUUCACCCACUUCAAAUUUCUCACAUUCUUUUUACCCAUUUCCACGGUAAAACCCCACUGUUUCAUGUUGUUUCUAUUCAUUGUUCUUCUUCUUCCAACAGUACCAGUACACCCAUCUCUCUCUCUCUCUCUGUGUUCUUGUUUCCAUCAACUGUCUUAGUUCAAGGUCUUGUCUUUUUUCGUUGGUUCGGAAUUCAUCUUCAAGAUUUGUUUAUUGGUUGGGGAAUAAAGGGGUCUUUUUUUUUCCUCGAGGUAAAAACAGGUGAGAAUUCAUCUCCAUGUUGACUGCUGUUCUUGUAAAUUUUUGUUCCUUGUUAUUAUGUGCUUUCUGCUCUGAA